AUGGGCGAACCGACCAACAACAGUUUGGCUCUAGCAGACUACUUCCUGGACUAUGAGAUCCCUCUGGAUGAGAUCCCGGACACCACGCAGGGCCAGGCCUUCUUCGUGGCCACCAUCGUCAUCGCCGUGGUGUUGGUGUGCAUCAUGCUGAUCUGUGGAGUCGGGAACUGUUUGUUCAUCGCCAGCCUCGCCCGCUACAAGCAGCUCCGAAACCUGACCAACCUGCUGAUCGCCAACCUGGCCGUGUCGGACGUGCUGGUGGCGGCGGUGUGCUGCCCCUUCCUGCUGGACUACUACGUGGUGAAGCAGCUGUCGUGGGAUCACGGCUUGUUGCUCUGCGCCUCCACCAACUACCUGCGAACCGUCUCGCUCUACGUCUCCACCAACGCUCUGUUGGCCAUCGCCGUGGACCGGUACAUGGCGAUCCUUCACCCUCUGAAACCUCGUAUGAAGCACCAGACGGCCUACUGCGUGAUCCUGACCGUGUGGAUCGUCCCCAUCUUCAUCUCCAUCCCGUCCGCCUACAUGGCCUCCGAGACGACGUACCCUCACGUGGCGGGGCGAACCCAGAAGACCUUCUGCGCUCAGAUCUGGCCUGUGGACCAGCAGGUUUACUACCGCUCCUACUUCUUCCUUAUCUUCGUUCUGGAGUUCGUGGGCCCCGUCACCAUCAUGUCCGUCUGCUACAUCCAGAUCUCCAGGGAACUGUGGUUUAAGGACGUUCCGGGUUUCCAGACGGAGCAGAUUCGGAAACGGCUCCAUCGGCGACGGAGGACCGUGGUGGUGCUGAUUCUGGUGCUGGUCGCCUACGUCUUGUGCUGGGCGCCGUACUAUGGCUUCGCCCUGCUGCGGGACUUUUACCCAACCCUCAUCUCCAGAGAGAAGAACUCGCUGGUGGCUUUCUACAUCAUCGAGUGCAUCGCCAUGAGCAACGGGAUCAUCAACACAUUCUGCUUUGUGAGCGUCCAAAACAAAACCAAGCGCCUGAAAAAGGCCGGGAAGUUUCCGCUGAAGCUGGUGACAUUUGUGGCCACAAGAUCGCUGGAUGAAGGGGAGGCACGCACCUCGUCGCUCCGAGUGACGGAGGACAUGGACGGCGGUCGGCUGAGGUAG